AUGUCGCUUAGUCUGAAGUCGGCGCCUCAACCCUCAACAGCCAAGUGAUCGCUAGGAAAUCGUUAAGCUGGCCGAGAUCUGCCGCCUCGUGUUGUGCUCUGUUCUGUGCUCCAUUCUUUGUGUUCUGUGCUCCACAACGUCGCGCUGAUCGCCUUGAAUCGAGUGUGAAAUAUUGUCUUAAAGGAUAACAACAGAAAGAAUUCCCCGGUUUAGUGUUGUUCUUUUUGCGGGCUUUGGUGGGAAGUGAAGUUCAUUCCAUUCAAUAUUUCGCAACGUAACCGAAAGUUGGCAAGAUGUCGGUCAGACUGAACGAGACGAACACAAUUGUGGACCGGAUGGUCAACUUCUUUGUGGAGCACGAGGAUCUGCGCACAAAGAGCUGGUUCCUUUCGAAUGCCCCCGGACCGCUGUUCACGAUCCUGGCUGCCUAUUUGUACUUUUGUCUGUAUGCCGGUCCCCGCUAUAUGCGGGAUCGCAAACCCUUCGAGCUGAAGAACACGCUGCUGGUCUACAAUGCCGUUCAGGUUCUCCUGAGUUUGGUGCUGUUCUACGAGGGAUAUAAGGGCGGCUGGGGCGGACACUACAGCUACAAAUGCCAGCCCGUGCCCUAUGCAACAGAUCCCAUCUCCAUGAGGAUGGCCGGUGCUGUUUGGCUAUACUACAUUGCCAAGAUCACCGAGCUGCUGGACACCGUGUUCUUUGUGCUGAGAAAGAAACAGCGCCAGAUCUCAUUCCUGCAUCUCUACCAUCACUCGCUGAUGCCCGUGUGCGCCUUCAUCGGAGUGAAGUACUUUGCCGGCGGCCACGGCACUCUUCUGGGCUUCAUCAACUCCUUCAUUCACAUCAUUAUGUAUGCCUACUACCUACUCUCGGCGAUGGGCCCCAAAGUGCAGAAGUAUCUGUGGUGGAAGAAGUACAUCACCAUCCUGCAGAUUGUUCAAUUCUUGAUCAUCUUUGUGCACACGCUGCAGAUCCAGUUCCAACCCAGCUGCAACUUCCCCAAGUCCAUUGCCGCCCUGCUGACAUUCAACGCUGGGCUCUUCACCUACAUGUUCAGCUCGUUCUAUGUGCACAACUAUAAAAAGGAGGCGGCUGCCCAGGCCAAGCUGACGGCGAAAAAGGAGUAGAUAGGAAGAAGCUUCUCUAAUCUGUAUAUUUACAUUUAUCAUUUAUGGUCCUCUUCCCUACCUAUCCUCCUCCUCCUCCCACUUGCCCCUAUCCACUUUGCACUCUUGAAUCGAUCCUUCCUCCUAGUUAUACAUAGGUCAAGAUGGAUAUUAUACACUCUGUAGUCGUUAGUAAGCUUGUUUCGUAGUAUUUCGUUAGUUUGAGGAAAACGGCUCAUUUUAUAUUUGAUCGAAACAGUCUUUGCCAUUGCACAAUGCAAAUUUCAUUUGCAUUUGCUGUUUUGGGAUAGUGUGUACGAGUAUGAAUGUAUUUAGUAGUGUUUCUGUAGAACCAAAUAUUAUAGUUUAGUAGUUUAGCUAUUACUUUAUGGACUUGGCAUGCAUUGUUAGUCAAAGACAAAGACAACAAGCAGGCAAAUGGCAGAGCUCCUUUCUGAACUUUUGCCUGUCCGACAACAGUCUGUCUCUCCCUCUUUGGCAUGCACAUUUUAUAAUGAAAUGUUAUUUUGUAUAUUUUAUUUGCAAACAA